AUGAUGUUCCGUGUCUUCUCUGGUGUAGCCUGCGGGCUCGCCCUCGCCCAUCAGGGCAUCCCCGAUACUGGUCUGGACACGUCCAGUUGGACCACCGGCACGCUCCCGAACAUCAGUGACAUGAUCACUCUCAACGACUUUCAGAUCGCCGCCAAGAACUACUUGUCUGCAAGGUACUACACGCAAUACCGUACCGGUGCCUUAGACGAGACAACGUACAUCAACAACUUGGAAGUCUAUCGCAAGGUGCUCUUCACCGGCUUCGCCUUUCAAGAUGUAACAAAGUUGAAUCUCAACACCACCAUCCUGGGCUAUAAUUUUGCAGCGCCGUACUUUAUCGCGCCCGCGGCCAACGCAGGGCACGGCAGCGUGGGCGCGGAGGCUAACUUGGUGCGGGCGGCGGCCUCGGCGGGGAUUCUGUACGUGCCGUCCAUCUCGGCGACGCUGAGCGUAGAGGAGAUCGCGGCUGCAAAAGCCGAGGGCCAGAUCAUGUUCCACCAGGAGUACUUGUGGGCGAAUAAGACGCGGGUGGCGGACGAGCUGCGGCAGAUCGAGGAGGGCGGAUUCAAGGCCAUCUUCCUGACGGUGGACAACACCGGGGUGGGCGGAGUGCGCGACCGCUCGUUGCGCUUCACCAAGGGCGGCGACACGGGCCACGACCUCGCCUUCACUGUCGAGUCCCUCGCCCAGCUGCGCAACCUCACCUCGCUGCCAAUCGUGCCCAAGGGCAUCAAAACGGCGCGCGACGUCAAGCUGUGCGCCGACCUCGGCUUCCCGGCUGUCUACAUCUCCAACCACGGCGGCCGCGUCAUUGAUGGCGCCCCGACCGCCAUUGAGGUCCUACUCGAUGUCCACGCGCAGUACCCGGAGGUAUUCGACCAGAUUGAGAUCUACGCGGAUGGCGGCGUGCGCCGCGGCACGCAUGUAUUGACUCUGCUGGCCCUGGGCGCCCGCGCCGUGGGCCUGGGACGUCCACCCAUGUUCGCCAACAUCUUCGGCCAGGAGGGUGUCGAGGCCAUGCUCGACAUCCUCAACUCGGAGCUGGUCACGGAGAUGCAGAACCUGGGGCAGGUGGACGUGAACAAGUGGCGCGGAAACACCAGCUUCAUCAACACGAGGAAGGUCGAGUUGGAAUACUUCGGCGCUCCCCUAUCUAACUUUAAUUUUUAA